CUGCCAUAACAAAAUGAAAACAUCGUAUGCCAAGAUCCUGGCUCUCGUAGCUAUCCUGGCCCAGUGUGAAGCUGGGGCCCCACAGGAAGCCUGCGGUACAGCUGAGAUGGCAGACAUUUUGUUCCUUGUGGAGGAGUCUUGGAGCAUCGGGGAGAAUGGCUUCCGGCUGGUGAAGGACUUCAUCUACCAUGUCGUCCAGACGUUCAAAAAUGCAGUGCUGGGGAAGGCAGGUGUUCGCCUGGGUGUGGUGCUGUAUGGAGAUAAACCAAGAAUAAGCAUCGACCUGACGGAUUACAUCACCAUUGAGGAAGUGUUGGUGACCAUCCGGGACCUGUCGUUCAAAGGGGGGCAUGGAAAAACACGGGAUGCCUUUGCUUUUCUAGCAGAUGUAGUGAUCCAUGCGGGGAUGUUCAGAGAAGAUGCAGCAAAGGUAGUGAUUUUAAUUACAGAUGGGAACUCUCUGGAUUCCAUCGAUGGCCCAGCAGGAACUGUGAGGGACCAGGGCGUCACAGUGUUUGCAGUGGGAGUGAAAAAUGCAGAUAAGAAGCGGCUGAGUAAAGUGGCCUCUGACCCUGCGGAGGAGCACGUCCUUCACGUCGGAGACUUCCAUCUGCUCGGCGGUCUGUCGGCCAAGCUCUCCCGCCGGCUCUGCUUCGCUGCUUCGGAGCCUCCAAGGCCUGUUAAGCAAACCGCCCAGGGGCCCGAAGGAUUCGAGAAAACCUACCGACCCGAAGCCACCGAAAAAAUCUACCGACCCGAAGGACUCGAGAAAGCCUACCGCUCCGAACAAAACUUCGGAACAACACGAGCCUGA